ACUCGCUAUAAUUUUUUUGGAGCUGCCUCGUCCUGCACCGCCGACCAUAGUUGUUUUGCCGUCUCCAUGCAGUGUGGCUGAGGGGUGGAAAGGUAAUGUAAUGUAAUGUACCUUGCCGUGGUCACUGACGGGUUCACGCCAGUUCACCGGGUUCACUUGAGGAGAGCUCCCACCCCCUGCUCGCCUCCUCUUCUUCUCAAAACGCAACGAUCGGAGCUAAUCCAAUAUUAUUCAUUUAUAUAUUAAUGUCGGAUUCCAUUUUUCCCACCGACUGUUGAGGGGAGGGACCUCUGUGCUGACUAAUGUUGCCUCUGUUGAUGAUGUGUGAGUCCAGUGUCCAUAACACAAGUGACAACAUAUUAUUCAAGCAGCCAGCUCAGGCAUGGAUCGUUGGCAAUUUUUUAAAGGUUCCCUGGGAGCUGUUGAACUUGUCCAUGUGACAGGAGUCCUGAAGUGGCAGAGGGCAUGAAGAAACACUGUGAUCUCAUAGUGGCUGGUCCAUGACACUAAACUCCAUUCAACCCUCUCCACUCUCCACCCACCCUCUGUUCUCAUCAUACCGGACAAGCAAUCACUCACACCAUUUACACAAAGCUGCACAAUGGCCAGCAAGAGGAAAUCCACUGUACCCUGCAUGAUACCAUCCAAAUCCAAACAUGUGCGUGAGGAAAUCAUACUGGGCUCGCUACCAGAACUCCUACCAACGAUCCCAGAAGACAGCAUACUCAGCAUCUCUGGAGAAGAGUCUGGCCAUUUCUCUCACAGCUCCUUCAAAUCCAAAAGUGGCAGCGAGAUGCAGAAAGGAGGUACAUACAGCUGCCCAAAGUGCCGUUUCGAGUCCAGAGAUCUAAACUACUUUUUGGAUCACAUGCACAACUGCCACUUAGACUUCAGGGCCCAGCCCACUUUCUACUGCCUGAACUGUGGGGUAUCAGUCGUCCGCUUUGAGGCUCUGGCUCUGCAUAACGCUACCGCCCACCCUAAAAUAAUGGAGGGCUUGGUCACUGCCUCCCUAACUGUCAACAAGAGGGAUGGAGUGACAACAGUGGAGCAAAGUCUCUUCACAGACAGCGCAGAAGACAACAGAGAAUCUGGGAUCUCCCUCACCAAAACACCGAUUGCAAAGAUGAUGAAAGCCAAGGGGGAGCACAAAAAAAUUGUGGUUUCUCACACCGUGGAGGUACGGAAGAUAAACACUGGAAAGGAUGUAGAUCCCAGCAUGCUGACAAAUGUGCCUGAACUCCAAAACGGGGCUCUCAGUCUUUCUGGCGCCCCAGCUAUGCCGAGGACCACUGUCGCUCAUGUGACUAAGACGACAGUGUCCAACCAAGUCUUUCACCAGCACACUCCCUCCCUUUACUCUCCCCCCUUCUCUGCUUCCAAUAAAGACCUUCCAAAGGUGAUGAUCCCUCUCAGCAGCAUCCCCACCUACGAUGCCGCCAUGGACACCAGCAGCUUUCUCAAGACGUCCUUUGGCAAGUUCCCCUACCCGACCAAAGCCGAACUCUGCUACCUGACGGUGGUCUCAGAGUUCCCCGAAGAGCAGAUCAAACUGUGGUUUACUGCCCAAAGGCUCAAGCAGGGCAUAAGCUGGUCUCCUGAAGAGAUCGAAGAGGCCAGGAGAAAGAUGUUCAACACAGUGUUCCAGGGUGGAGCACCUCAAAAGCAACCCACUACACCACGGCACAUUAAUCACAUUGUAACCCAUCACACUGUCACUGCCCAUCAAGGCUCAAAAGGACCAAACUUUCAGAUGGCCAAAGUUCCCUACAACAAUAUGAAAACCAGGCCUGUCGGAGUCAUGGCCACACAGGCAAGCAUGUCAACCAACCCCCAUGUCACUAGGGUCUCGUAUUCUACUCCAAUUGUCCCCCCAACGUUCCCAUCUGUAGUCAGAACAACACAGGUACUGACCAAGAAUACUCAACCCACUGUGGAGCUAGACAAGAGCAAUGGCCUCGGCCUGGACAUGGCUGGAAGCAGCGGUUGCGCCAGUAGCACCAGCAGCAGUCGAAGCAGCAGUAGCAGCAGUAGUUGCAGUAGUAGCAGCAGCAUCAGCAGCUAUUCCAGCAGCAGUAAUGGUGUUGAGACUGUCACCCGGAAAACGGUGCAUAACAGCAGCCCAACCAACAGCAUUAACAGCAUCACCACUUGCUCUACCAACAUUAGCAAUAAUGAUGAGCGCUGUGUUGCCGACACCAACGGGAAAACAUACGUCCAAAGCAACAGUUCACCAAUCGGAUUGGAAGGUUCAAACAGUACCAAGAGUCAAGUAAUCAUCGAUAACACCAGCAAAUCCAACAUCACCUGCAACAAUCAUAACAGCAGCAUCGUCAGUCCACAAGAGCAGGCCCACGCCGCGAAUCCUGACGAUGAACACAAAAACUACAUCCACAAGACCAACAACAGCAGUAUUAGCAAUGAAUACCCCAGUACUACCUGUAAUGACAGUGUCCCUAACCUGAACCAUGCCAGCAAACCCCCAACUGAAAGCACCAGCAAUACUGUCAUUACAAAAAGCAGCUCAUCUAUUUUAGAUGAGGGUAAAUGCAACAAGGACUUUCCCAUAAAAGGCAUGUCAAUCUUACAGCAACUCAUCAAGGAGGAGGACCCGUUUGCUAGAGACAGAAGCUGCCCAGAGCGGAAAAUUGACCCCAUCAAGAUCAACUUCAAAAGGCUUAAGAUGAAUGAACCAGAUACUACAUCUGAGAUUGUACACCAAGAUCAUAAGUCUGAUACAGCUGAGGAUUCUGCUUCUCAGCCGUCUUUCUCCCCCCCCUGGGCCAACAAGACCCCCCAGCAGCUGCACAUCCUCCGACAGAUUUUCUCCAACACCCGCUGGCCCAGCAGUCAGCAGUACGAGGACUUAAGCGUCCAGACAGGCCUUCCCAAGUCAGAGGUGGUGCGCUGGUUCAGCGACAGCCGGUACAGCCACAAGAACGGGCAGCUGAAGUGGCUGGAGACCUAUCAACGACCGCCCGCAGUAACAGUGGAAGUGAGGAGCCACGGAGAUGCUGAAGCCGAGUCUCCAAAGGACUCUCCAGUGGCCAAAAAGAAACUUGUUGAGAAAGACACAAACAAGCACCUUGAAGGAGAUGCAGGACUAAACUCAGGGCAGCGGGUUGUGUGGCAGGAUUCAUACUCUCCGCUGCUUGGUCUGAUGGCGUCUGAGGGGAGCAUUGAGCGAGCCCGAGCUGAAGAGUCGGCGCAGCCGAGAGACCUGCAGGAUCCCUGGUCAGAGAGAGCAGAAGACCACCAGCAGCCAGUGGCCAGUCAGUCACUCAUUGAAAAACAGACGGAUGCCAAUCAGGCCAGGGAUCGCCUGAGGAUGGAGCUGCUGGAGGUGUGAUGAAGCAGGCCCAAUCGCGCCAGAGGAGCAUGAUGUUUAAAGGCUGGCUUGCUCCCCUGGCCGUGGUCUAACAAGAGUGUUCAUAAUGACAGCAGAUGUGAUUGUAGCUGGACCGUUGGACUCUGACUGUAACUGUGAAUACCCCCCACCCCUCCUCCUCCUCUUCCAUCUGCCAUCACUUCCUGCCAUCGUCAAAAGAAAGAACUUCUCACCUUUGAGUCCUGUGAUGUUUAAGCAUUUCAUGCUUCUUUGUGGUUGUGUGGGGAGGGUGCACAAUGAGGUCAGUACGAGGGAUCAAAGAAAGAGAAAAGACGCACACUGACUGGAAAACUGACUUGAAUGAGCAAAGAUAGGAUAGGAUAGGGCUGAGAGAUAUUGUUUUGGGGUCAGAGGGAGAAAUAUAUAUAUAUAUGAUUGAAACUGCACUAAAGAGGGUUUGUACUGACUGGACAAACAAAAGACGUGUCAAGGAAAUCUUAUUGUUGGCUUUGUGAUAUUUUUUACUUUUUUAGCAACCAGUACUUCAGCACUGCCUUGAAUUUUACUUUUUCCGUUAUUUGUUUUUUCAAUUCUAUUUACUCUUCUAUAGUCACUGUAAGUCCAGAUGCAAUCAAACAUGGUUUAUUUAGAUCUGUAUAAAUGUUGGUGAUCACUUUGCAGUUCAGCUACCGCAAGAGACUAUAUACAAUGCACUAAUGAAGACAGCAAUGCUACAAAUCCCACUGCCCCACAGUAAAGGUAUUGACAGCUCCGUCAAGAUCAAUACACUACACUGCCCUGCAAACUGAACAGAGAGAAGCCUGUCACGCUAAUGUUGCCUUACUCAGCUCUGUCCAUGUUUAUAUGACCUGUCUGUCCAUCACCUUGCUUUCCAGCUACCGUGCUGUCCUGAAAAAAAGAAGAAAAAAAAAAUACAUGCCAGUGCAUCAAUGGUCACUGUUCGUCUAUAUCUGUGAAAAAAAAUCUUGUGCUGCUUUCUGUACACUUGGAGAUGUUUAACUUUAAGCUGUCAUUAUAUCUAAUAUUGUUACUGGCGAAAUGUUGUUUAAAGCUAAAUUAUCAAUUUGAUCCCUAGACACUGACAGAGUGAGAUAUUGUGCUAGCUAGAGAGCCAAAUGAGGAGAUCUUUGCUCUCCUCUGAAUUUUCUUGUGUUUAUAUAAACAUACAGUCACUACAUGAAUCCUAUUAAGCUGCAUCUUUGUCAAGCUGCUAAUAGCUAUGAACGGUGCUAUACCAUCCAAAGUGAAAUUGGAGGUUGAUCUCCUACCAGCAGUGUAUGCACUUGUGUCGAAUGUUACAAAUUUAUUUUGGUUUGAGAUAGUGGAAUCUGGACUUACGGUGUUAUGAUCACUUUUAUGAAAUAGUCUGAUCAUAAAGCACUGUUGUAUCAUCCUUUCUACACUUCUGAAUCUUUACAGAAUAAACUGAAUACUCACCAAGCA